AUUCCUCACAGCAGGAGUUUUAUACUAUCCGUUCUCCCAACUUUAAAUUUUAUUGACGGUAGUCAACCUUCUCAAGAAGAAAGGUAUGAAGUGCAAUGUUGGAAUAAGGUGAGGAGUGAUAACGUGAAUUUUGUAUUAUACGAUAACCAAGUCAUGAAAACUGAGGGAAGAAGUGUCCGGGCGAUAUUUUAUACACUUUUCAAGCCAUUUCGAAAAGGUGAAUCCCGUUUUCGAAAACAAAGUGAAACUGUGCGACGAAUGGCUAAUUCCAGAGCUUCCGUACUUAAAAAGGGAUUUCCAGCCGCGAAUGAGUUACCUCAAAAUCUUCCGAGAUGGAACUCACCUCCAGGUUGGUUACAGAGAGCUCGGAGUGCUCAAAAUCUUUCUGACUCAGUUGAAAAUGUAGAUGCAGAUUCAGCUUAUGGUUUAAGAGGGUCACUUCGCGAGUUUACCACUAAAAAACGAUCAUCUGUGCUAUCUUACAACUUUUUCCCAACAUCGAGCAAUCAGCAACUUCUGCGAUCGGAAUCUGUGUUUAUUCCAAUAGAGAGUGAGGAUGAAGGUCAAAGAGUGGAUGAUCUCAAAAAGUCCCUUCAGCCAUCUACAAGCAAAAACCGCUCUGAACUCAAGCAAAAACCCUUAUCUGUACCUACUACCACGGAGAAGGAAAACCGCCUCAAAUCAACUGGACAUCGACUAAAAUCUCCAGGAAUUGCGCUUUCGUGUUUCCAGCGACAAAAGGAGUCUUCUGAUAGUGAUGAAAUGAAAGAAGAAAGGAUGGAGGAUGAACCCACUUUAAGAAUGACCUUUGACAAACUCGAUAGAUUGCCAUCUGGGGAAUUUCGGGGACUAUUGAACUCUUCGAGUUUUGAAUGCCUAUUGAGAGGUCUUCAGCAUGAAGAUUAUCCAUGCCUAUGCACUAACCCCUCAAUUUGUCCAGCAAGAUCACCAAGAGGACUUGAAACUGAAAUCCAAUUACUUCGUGGACAAGUGGAAGAAUUUCGGGCACUUUCAGCCAAGCAGGAGCGAGAAAGAUUACAACAAGCCGACGAAAUUCGACGAUUAGCAGAGGAGGUAAGGAACUUAAAAGCCUGGAAAGUGUCUGUCUUACGUGGGCGUGAAAUUUUAAGGAAUUCCGCUGAGGGCGACUGCGAACAACAACGACAAGGAGCCAAAUGUGAUAACACAGGUUUUCGAAAAAAUUCCGAAGUUAUUUCAUCUACUCUGUUGCCUGUCAAUAUGUCGACAACACCAACAACGACAGAGAAUGAUGAUAGUGAUGAUGUGGAUAUUGAGAAUAGUGAAGAGGAUGAGUAA